AUGGACCCACAACAGCAUCAUCCGGGGGCAGACUACACCACCUGGGCCAGCGACAAGAAGAUCAAAGUCGGCGACACCCUCGUGUUCAACUACGCCGGCGGGGGGCACAACAUGGCGGAGGUGAGCGCGGCGGACUAUGCAUCAUGCUCCGCCGCGAAUGCGCUCAGCAGCGAUGGCAGCAGUGCCACCACCAUCGCGCUCAAGACCGCGGGGAAGCACUACUUCAUCUGCGGCGUCACCGGCCACUACAGCAACGACAUGAAGCCCGCCGUCGACAUCGCCGCCACCACCGCCGCCUCGCCGCCGAAGGCGUCCCCGACCCCGGACACCCCCGACACCCCCUCCACCACCCCAACUUCGCCAUCCACCCCCGGCGCCACGCCCAAGACCCCGGCGACCGUGCUCGCGCCCCCGACCAAGCAGUCGGAGUCCGGUGCCACCGGACUCAGGGCCAUUGCUGUGAGCGGGGAAGGAGCGGUGGCUUCCAUGCCAUCUGUCCACUUCACGGCGAGCAGGUAG